AUUUAAAUAGAAGGAAAUCUCCUCUUCUCUUUUCUCUCUUUUUUCUCUCAUUUUUAACUUUUUUUUAUAUAUAUAUUGUGAUGGUAACUUGGUUUUUUGAGAAUAAUCAAUUUGCCAACGCGUGGAUACCUUUUGAUAGAUCAAACCAAAAGAAGCUGGAGUACGUUUACCGACAUCAUGAACUGCUUAUUAAACACAUCAAGGAUAGUAGCGGAUCAUUACAGGACAGCACCAGUAUAAAAGAAAUUGACCAAGAUGAAGAAGACGGCUCAAUCCAUCGUUUUAUAAAGUAUGACUACAACUGCCUCUACAUCCAAUUGAGUGAUUCACACUUUGAACAAGAAAUCACUCUGUAUCCUGCCAUGUUAUUGGGAUCUUUACCUGAUAGAGAUAUAUUAAUUGUACGAGCAGAAAUGAUGGAUCAUAAUAGUAAUAAAAACAAAUAUUUAGAUGUUUAAUACACGUG